GAAGUGGUUUCCGCUCAGUUCAAAACCCUUCUCAAGUGACCAAUCAGCUUUUACAGCCGUGAAUAAAUAAGACAGAAGUGCAUAUGUGUCUCAUUUGUUUGAAGUGGAGAUUGAAGGACACAUGAUAUUACGAGUCUACUGAUCUAUUACUUACUGGGUGUGAAGGGUUUGUUUUGGGCUGAUUCAUGUUUUGUUUUUUUCCCAGGGGAAUUUAAAAUAAUUUUGAAAGACCAGUGAUCAUGAAAUAUUAUAUAAUAAUUUUGUUCUCUUCAAUAAUAGCCUGCUCCUCUAAUGUGACCUCUAAUGUGGACGUUGUUCAGAAAGAUGUUAAAGUAGUUCGAGCUGGAGAGGAUGUGAAUCUUGCUUGCUCCUUUUCAAAGCUUCUGCAAUCAACAAAAGCAUGGUUUAAACAGACGGCUGAUGGAAAAUCUUUACAAAUUGUUUCUUUAUAUUUAAAUCAACAGCCUAGUUGGAAUAAGGACUUUGAGAAAAUGAAUCGCUUUAAUGUUAUCAAAGGAGAUGGUCAUUUUAAUCUGACCAUUUUAAAGACAAAGUCUUCAGACUCAGCAACAUAUUACUGUGUAGUCGCAUCAUAUUACAGCAUUGGAAUGGGUGCAGGAACUAGAUUAAUUUUUAAAGAUGGACACACAACUCUUCAGCAGUCUUUGAUAGACACGCUUCAUCCAGGAGAUUCUGUGAAUUUGCAGUGCAGCAUCUUCACUGAGAGUUGUGCAGGAGAACACAGCGUCUACUGGUUCAGACAAAGCUCGGGAGACUCUCAAGGAGUCCUUUACACCAAAGGAGAGAGAAAUGGUCAGUGUAAUAAGAGCAGUGAGUCUCAAACGCAGAGCUGCGUCUACAAUCUCCUCAAGAGCAACAUCAGUCACUCUGACACUGGGAUUUACUACUGCGCUGUGGCCGCAUGUGGAGAGAUACUGUUUGGAAAAGGAACUCAACUAAAUUUUAGAGAGAGUGGUGAUGUGACUCCAAUUCUUUUUGCUCUUGGAAUUUUAAACAUCAUAUUUUUGGCUCUUGUUGUUUUUCUGCUAAUAAAACUAUGCAGGGCUCAGAACAAAGUGUCCACACCUCAAGAGAGUCAAGCUGAAGACAUUCUGAGUUAUGCAGCUCACAAUCCUUUAACUGAAAAUGGACUCAAAGUAAAGAUUUCUCAAGAACAAACUCUUGUGAUAUACAGCAUGUAUAGUGAAAGAAUGCCUCUAAUGGCAAAACAGAAGUAACAGUUUCCUACUCAAGCCUAAAUGCUGCAUGAGUUUAUGAGGUAAAACAUGCGUUACUGUAUAUUUUCAGUACUGCUUUGUAACAGUGUAGAGUAUUCAUACCAGAUUUGAACUUAAUUAAUAUUACAAUGUCUUUUUCAUAUAUUCUAUAAUGUCAUUACCUUUUUAUCAUGCUAUUUGAGUUUCACAUAAAGUCGGUUGCAUGUACAUAUGGCCAUUUAUAUAGAACAGAAACCAGAUCACACUUAUUUGUCUGUAUAUGUUUAACUGUUUACUUAAAUUAUAUUGUUUUCUAAAAUAAAAUAAUUUCUCAAAGCACAUGCCACAAAUUCCUUAUUUUUUUGACAAAUGUAAGACAUGAUUUUUAAGGUACAAAGUAAUUUUGCAUAAAUGGUGUUAUAUGUAAAAUUAUGCAUGUUCUGUAAUCUACAUAUAUUCCUAUUUCCCCUCAAAAUGUAACAGUAUAAUAUAGGAGUGGCUUCACAUUUCUGUUGUGCAAGUAAAUAAUCAAAACAAAGUCUGCUUUAUCCAUUACUGUUUCUGUAUCUUGCUGUCUUUUU